AUGGCUCCCACCGAUCGCCUCAACCAGGUCAACAAGCACCUCAACUACCCGGCCGGCAUGCUCGCCGGCCAGGUAGCUAUCAUUACGGGCGCAGGACAAGGCAUCGGCGCCGAAGCGGCGCGGCUAUUCGCGAACGAGGGCGCAAAAGUGGUCAUUGCAGACAUCGACGCCAACAAGGCGAAUUCGGUCGCUGACGCCAUUAAUGCCGCCGGGCCUGGACGCGCUCUGGCGGUCGUGGGCGAUGUGCUGGAUCCCAAGUACAUGGAUGAGCUUGUGAAGCAAGCAGCGGAGUUUGGCGGUGGCAAGAUUCAUAUUAUUGUUAACAAUGCGGGCUUUACUUGGGAUGGUGUUAUUCACAAGAUGACUGAUAAACAAUGGGAUACCAUGUUGGCGGUGCACAACACGGCGCCAUUCAGACUGGUGCGCGCUGCGGCGCCGUACUUCCGCGUGAAGGACCAGGAGCCGCGCGUGGUUAUCAACAUCAGCAGCACGAGCGGCAUCCACGGCAAUGCAGGCCAAGCAAACUACGCCGUCGCCAAGGCCGGAGUCGUAGGCCUGACCAAAACCAUCGCCAAAGAAUGGGGUCCAGCCUUCGGCGUCCGCUCCAACACUAUCGCCUUCGGCUACGUGACCACCCGUCUGACGGCUGCCAAGGAGGCGGGUGCCUUCAUCACCACUCCCGACGGCACUCAGGUUGCGCUGGGCAUUCCCGGCAAGCAGCUGGAUGGAAAGAAGGGUGCAGAGGCCGACUCGUACCCCGAUAUCCCGCUUCGUCGGCCCGCGAGCCCCGAGGAGGCGGCGAGGUCUAUCCUCGGCGUUGCGAGCCCGUACUUCUCUUAUGUAAAUGGUGAGACGAUUCGGGUGACUGGGGGGCGGAAUAUGUAA